UAAAUAAAAAACUUAUAGUCACUGAUUAUGAGUAAAUGAUUACUGAUGGUUGACACUCAUUGCUUGAUAAAUCCACAUAUAAGUAGAUUGAGUUCAUUGAAACUGUUUCGCAGUGGUUUGUGGAAGUGGGCUGUGGCUGAUGAAGGUCUGUUGUUUCCAUUGUAACAAAGCCUUCUCUGACUGUGGGAUUAUGGGUAGUGUAGUACUCCUAACAUUUCAAAUGCCGUUUUAUAAACUUGAAGUUAAAAUCACAUUGACAUGCGAAGCUUAUGACGACACUUACACUCGGUUGAGCUAGAUGGAAAUUCUGCAGUCUAACAACAUGCUGUCGAUGUCGGCUUGUAUUUCUGGGUGGAGUUUGUGGUUGGCUAAGAAAAAGCCUUGUGUGUGAAGAGGAAACUAAUUUGCCAGUCAAACAUGGAAGAAAAUAUCCAUUCUGCAAAUGUAAUGAGCUUUGAGAACAAUUGCGUGCUUUAAAAUGACAAAGCACACGAAAUGCCACACGACAUACUGCCAUGAAGGUAAAGCAACCAAACAAAACGCAUGAUUUUAAGAAUAGAUACUAUUACUUAGUGUUAAGGUUUUUAAACACAUCACUGUGACUUCUAGAUUUUGUAAGUCAACCACUUUUAAAAUGUCAAAAUUUUGCUCCAGAUCAGGGUUAGCACCACAUUCACAGGGUUCAAUUGCACUGAUAGUUAUAGUGUGAAACAGCCCAUUGAUCGGGUGUUAAGGUGAGAUGUUGAGCAGCAGACAACUACUAAUAAACUGCCUCAAAUUUAACCCAAUGAUAAAGAUGCAAAAAAGGAACACGCACACACACAGCUUCAGUGCUGCACUGACUCAGUGACUUCCUGUCUCUGACAGGAAGUGGAGAAACUGUCUGUUAUACAUGUGAGGAUUCUCAUCUGAUCUUAAAAACCCUCCUCUCGGUUUCUUUCGCAUUUCCACUCAUCCUGUUUUCUUCUCACAACCUCUUCCUCUCAUAUAACCUCUGUUUGAUUGCACACACACACAUUUCACAAAAUUAGUGAGGACAUUGCCUAGACUUCUAUUGAUUUUAUAUCAGGUUAAUUUUCUUUUUUCUAAACACAAGCCUCACAGAAACAUGAGGAAAACACUAGAUUUAAAUAUGAACGUUUUGGCCGGUUUAUAAGCCUUUUUUAACUAGUGGCAUUUAGUAAAGAGUCCUCACUUGUCAGUUGUCUCUCUACAAGUGAGCCCUCACAAGUAUAGCCAAACCUGCACACACACACACACACACACACACUACCCUCAGUAUAAUAUGCCCUUUUUAGGCAAACUAGGAAGUGAGAGAAUGUGUGGGAGAUCUUGAAAAAGUGUCAGUGAGAAAGUGAAAGUCUAAAUGCAGUUCACAUCACAUUGAAGUGCACACGUGUCUCUUUUUAGGCAGCUUAGUAAUUUAAAGAUUGUACUAACCUUUAGUACCAAUCGACAGGAAACUGCGUGUUGCUAAAUAGAUGUCACAGAAAGACAAACACUAACACUCACUUCUGCAUAUCGAUCUGCUGACCUGUUUUAACAUGCUGGGGGAAUUCUCUGAGGAAUGCAGGUUUUGCGUUUCAGGGUUGUUGUUUUUUUGUGUGGUGUGAACAGCGCCACCUUGUGGGGAGAUACACAAACUGAGCAACUUCCACAUUUGCAAGAACAUCUCAACAGUACAAAGUUCAUCCACCCUGAGUUUCAAGGCAUCAGCAUGCUUCUGAUGCAACAUUUGUUGACUGGCUAACAAAGCUGCCACUUCAGCUUCAGCUCACUGAAGAGCAGAUGAUGUAGGAUCUACUAGAUCGUGAACCAGAAGAAGUGCUCUUUUUAUUUGCAGUAAACAUUUGAGAUGCUAUCAGUUGGUUUGAUCUCAUCAAUGAAAUGCUCAUAAGUCAAUGUAUAACAUUCCCCGCCUUGAUUCAGAGUCUUUUGUACAUUUGCAUUUACAUCAGAGGGAACAGCAGCAGGCAACAGAUCAUUUAAAGGAGAUUGUCCUUCAACAGCCAAAGUCAUUGUCUGUAUUCCAUCGAUUCCACAGAUUUGCUUUUCCAGUUGGGCAUAAUUCAUUUAGCAAAGAUGACCCCUUGUGUUUUCUUCGUGUGAACAAACAAAAUCAAACAUGGCCAGUGGUAGUGAAGUGUAAUGUGGCUGUUCUGACGUCUUUGCAGAAUGCAUCUGAUGUAACUGACCAAAAAGGCGAAGAGCCUCACCGUGUCCCCGCUGAAGAGCCUUGCCGUGUCACCCCUGAGGUUGAUGGGAAGUCCCGACAUGUCCCAAGUGAGCUUGAUGGGAAGUUAACAGAAUCCAGCCCUGUCCCAGCUGAAGAGUCCUGCCGAGUCCCCGCUGAAGAGCCCAGCCAAGUCCCUGCUGAGGUUGAUGGGAAGUUGAUUGGGACCAGCCAUGUCCCAGCUGAAGUUUCCUGCCAAGUUCCUGCUGAGUUGGGCUGGAAGUUGACAGAAUCCAACCGUGUCCCAGGUAAAGAGUCCAACCAAGUUCCUGCUGAGGUUGAUGGGAAGUUGAUUGGGACUGGCCAUGUCCAAGCUGAAGAGUCCAGCCUAGUCCCUGCUGAGGUUGAUGGGAAGUUGAUUGGGACUGGCCAUGUCCAAGCCGAGUUGGAUUGGAAGUUGACAGAAUUCAAACAUGUCCCAGGUGAAGAGUCUUGCCAAGAUCCUUCUGAGUUUGAUUGGAAGUUGACUGAACCCAACCGCGUCCCAGGUGAAGAGUCCUGCCAAGUUCCUUCACAGUUGGAUCGGAAGUUGACACAAUCCAGCCAUGUCCUAGGUGAAGAGUCCCACCAAGUCCCCACUUAAGUUGAUGUUGACUGAAUGCUUGUGCUCUAAAGUCUGAAAGUAGAUCUGUCUGUCUCUACAUAUGCCACUUUCAGAUCUCAUUUUUAGUUAAUAAAACCAGUCAUCUCUCUGGAAAAGUGCUGAUAUAAAAAAAAGUUCAUUAAAAAAUAUUGUUAUAAAAUAUUGCAUAUUAAUUUUCCAAGCAAACUGUAUUUUUAGUCUGAAUAUCACCAUUUGGCACAGCAACUCUCAUUCAAUGUGAAGUUAAGCAGCAAAAUGGAAAUAUUUGCACGACUUUCUAACAUUUACAGAGAAUAUGCCUGUGAAAUGUAAGUUUUGCACUGAGGAAAACACUGUAUCAGGCCACAUUUACACAUGGCUGGGCAUUGAGAGAAACAAAUAUUUCCCCCCUCCAUUUUCAAUAAUAACAUCAUACACACAACAUCGUUUUCAAAAAAAGUUAUCAUUUACAUCAACCUGCAUAAAUAUGCCGUCAUAACUCUGCCAAACCUAUGGCGGGCAGUGUAGGUAGAAGGAUAAAGCCAUGCAAGCCAAUCAGAAACUGUGCACUCCUUCGCCUCUGCUGAUAUAGUACAUAGACAUAUACUGUAUACUAGAUGUCACCUUGGCUACGGCAGUUCAUUGGAACGAAUGCGUCAAUACAGCUGCC